AUGCAACCCUUCAGGCAUAAUACAAUGGGUACCGGUGGAGUGAUAUCGGCUGUGUUCAGCGCAAUGAUGGACGUGAUUUGGAGUGGACAGUAUACGGCCAUCAAACCUCAAAGAUUUCUACGCUUGUUCGCUAGUGAGGUAAACUCGUGCCUCGCUGAUGGUCACCAACAUGAUGCAUCUGAAUUUCAAUUAUUCCUGCUGGACGCUCUUCAUGAAGAUACCAAUCAGGUGACAAAGCGAGUGUCGUUCGAGCAAAAUUACAAGGGAGGAUCACAAAUAAUGAAUGACGCUAAGGACUACAAAUCGAAAAGCCUCAAGUUUUCGUUCUCACCGGUAAACGAGAUUUUCAAUGUGAGUUCGUCUACACGAAGACAAACGUUACUUAUUAAGCUUUUUUCAGUUGCUACUCGUUGUACGGCAUGUGGUGAACAGUCUGCUACAUUCGAGGAGUGCAGCUUGAUAACUGUGGAACUACCGGUCCAUGCAUCUCGUACGAGCUUGCAUCAGUGCCUUAGCAGUCAUUUCUCGCAGACAACCUUGGAUGGUGACUGCCGUUGGAACUGCCCAAGGUGUCGUGCUCCGAAACGAGCGUCACGCCUAACAAAGCUGUGGUCGCUUCCACCUGUUGUGGUGGUUCAUCUUAAGCGCUUUUCAAUGGAAAAUGGGGACUAUGCUAAGAAUACUAUGCACGUAGAUUUUGAUCCUGGUCGACUUGAUCUUUCUGAAUAUUUGCAUGCAAACUCACCUGAAAAAGCAAUGCCAUAUCGAUUAUAUGCAGUAACGAAUCACUGUGGUCGAUUGAAUAGUGGUCACUACACAGCAUUGGUCUGUCAUGGAACAACUGGUGAAUGGCUGCGAUUUGAUGACGAGAGUGUUUCGUCUUCAUCUGCAAGUGGCAUAAAUACUUCCGAGGCGUAUAUGUUAUACUACAAAAAAUCGUGA